AGGGAUUGGAUCCCCUGGUGGGGAAAAUAUUUGUAUGUGAAAGGGCAGCCGCCCCCCUGCUGUACUCCCCGCCACAGCAGGGGAUCCCACCCCCCUUCUCGUAGCCACCCUCUAUAAAAAGGCCCACCCACCCGAUUUCAGUUGCACUCAUCAAUUGACUAAUACUCGUAGAAGAAAAAAAGAAAGAGUUUAGAGAGCGAAAAUGGCAGGGAUCAUCCACAAGAUCGAAGAGAAGCUGGGUAUGGGAGGCAAGAAGGACGACGAGGUGAAGAAGACCGAACACGGCUACGGAUCUGGAGAUCAGCACAAGCAGCCCGACCACGGCUACGGAUCUGGCGAUCACCACAAGCAGCCCGAAGCCGAGCACAAGGAAGGCCUUGUAGAGAAGAUCAAGGACAAAAUCCACGGCGGCGACGCUGAAGGCGCCGACGGCAAGAAGAAUAAGAAGAAGAAGGACAAGAAGAAACACGGCGAAGGUCACGACGGCCAUGAUCAUGGCAGCAGCAGCAGCAGCGACAGCGAUUGAUUCAGCAUAUGACACACAUUUGAGAAUUGAAUAAAAAAGUGUGUGUGUGUGUGUGUGGAGUGUGGAGUGUGGAGAGGGUAUCGCUACUUUGCUUUGUGUAUGUAUUAAUAUCACUCUGUAUUUGGAUUAUUGUACUUCUUCAUCUAUGUUGUUUCUCCUACUUUAUCUAAUGGAGUACAGUAUAUGGUUUGCUCUA